AUGGAGGGUGAUCUUCCGCCCUUCCCACUGCGCCCCAAGGGCUUGACAAAAUCAGACUCCGGCGCAUCCUUUGGCGGAGGUUCCGCAAAGUCGGUUUCCGUCGUAGGCACACAUCCUCUAGGGACUCUUCAUGUUCAUCGAGUCAGCGAGACACCUCAGGAGGAUGAAAACAUGGAUGGCCCUCCACCUCUUGAUCCUCCCUCGAGACAGAGCCAGAAUGCAGAUAGCUCUGCUUAUAAAACCUCUCAACAUGGCUCUUCAAAAUCCUUCCAUAGUCCAGUCUGGGAACCUUUGACACACAGAUUGGGAGGCGGUGAUGUGGUUCUCAUCCUUGAUCUUCCUGAGGUCUUUACUGUUGGCUACGACUCCAUAUCGUUCACGGCCAAGCACUUUGGCGGCGUCAGGGACAUACCCCCAGGUGCUCACUUCUUCUGGGUUGCCCAUCCUGGGGGUCUCUCUGCCCGAUGCGGUUUCUGGAUUGUCACAAACGGUGUCGACACUGUUCACGUUAUGCAAUGGGACCGCUUCAACGAGAUUCUUGGCGACUCUGCCCGUGCUGAAGCGCGCAUCCAAGCUGACAACCUCGACACCAUCCACUCCAAGCUUGUACCUUAUCAGGAUCCAAGCGCAGUCAAUGCUCCCAGGGGCCAGUUGACCCAAGGUGCUUCAGAGAGGAAUUUCAACAUGUGGGGGCAGUUGACUGGCAAGGUCACCGAGAGCCUUCUCAACCGUGUGACGGGACAGCAGUUUGAUAAUUGGACGGUUCAUACGGGCGAUCGCGUCAAAGGGUCGAUACUCAUGGCAGGCGAGAUGGAACUCGAUCAGUCAAUCUCAAAUCCUCUCCUCCAGGCUCGCGAGCUCAACUUUGCCUUCGGCCAGAGGACAAAGACGUAUUCAACAGAAAACACUGGUGCUGAUCGGACACUGGAAGCUACCGACGCGACUCCUUACAUCUUAUCACUCGUCGAUGCACCCGGUAACGAUCUUGGCUCUGACGGCAUUGUCGGCGAGUUCCAGUUCUCCUUUGUGGUGGGUGUACACCUGGGCAACGAUUCUUGUAUCCAGCAAUGGUGGCACAUGCUUCUCAAAAUAUUCCUACGAGCUCAUAUCCUUCCCGCCCGCCGACCGUCUCUGGCUGCCGCCUUCAUCCGAACAUUGGCAGCACAGCUUACAUACAGUGCUUCCUGGCUCGAGGGUUCGAUUUUUGAUACCGCCGAAUCACAAAGUCGGGAUUUGCGACUUGCCCUCACGGUCUACAAGCGUCGCCUCGAUGAGAUUAUACAAGGCUUGGGUGGCCAUGCCACACCUGAGCAGCUGGAUGUGGCUACAGCUUUUGCGGGACUUGAGGCGGUCGCCACCGAGACACUGGAUUGGGAUUUACGUGGAGACUAUCUACGACGGGGCAAUGUCAUGAUGGAGGAUGGCGAGCAAGUUGAGCUAGAAGUCGCAGACUUGGCAGCUGAAGAUGAGCGUGGAGAAUGGGCACCGGAGGUUGUUGACCUUGAUGAAUCUGGACGACAGCGCGAUCUUGUCUCGUGGGAUGACUAA